AUUACGUGACUGACCACCACAGUGGAACUACGCAGUGGAACUACGCAGUGUCUGCAGGAUACAUAUAACACGCAGUUUUUUUUGUGGAGUACUGUACAGAAUGAAGUUUGCAGCUCUCCUGCUUCUGGGAAUGUUGAUGGCACGAGCACAGAAUUUUGAUAGAUGUGACGUUGUCAACUUCUUGUGGUGGAUGAACGACCUCUGUCAUUUGACCCUUCUCAGAUAUUACGUCACCCUCGACGGUGUUCUGACACAGCAAGACAUCCACAGCACCCUCAACGCUGUCUGCAGUGAAGUUACCGAGGAGCGACGUCUGUGUGCAUUCCAGCGGACGGUGACCUGUGACAACCGCGACACCCUCCGCAGCUUUGCUGCUGUCAACGGCAUCUGUAUCGACGACCACCCCUCACCCUAUGCCCUGCAGCUACUUGCGUCCAUCCCUCCCCGAGUGAACGCUUCAUGCAUGGUAGGGGAAGCGACUGGAGUCAUCCGCAGCUGUACCGAAGUGGUUGCGUGGAGAGCAGCCUUUGGUUUCAACCGCUCCAUGUCGGAGGCCGCCAUUGUUCAGCAUCACCAGAUUCAGGUGAACAGGGGCGUAUUAUGUAUGUACUCGGGAGCGGACGGCAGAAUGGCGCGGUGUGCGGAGGAGGAGGGGAAGUUGGAGGGGUUGAAGGCUGCCUACCUGUUGUUCCUGCUCGCAUACGCUCCCCCGGGAUUCACCUAUAACCAUACCUACAUCACCGAUACCACUGACAGACAUUAGACAUCGCCUUCAUAAACAGUGUCACUGACAGACGAGGGCUGAUGUCCAUGUAGCCUCAGUAGCAACUAGUCUCUAGGCUACGGAGUAACUGCAAAUUGACUGAUGUCCACGUAGCCUAGAGUAGCAACCAUUGCCCCCAUACGGACCGUCUCUAGGCUACGGAUUAACUGUACAUUUGCUGGUGUCCAUGUAGCCCUCAGUAGCGACUAGUCUCUAGGCUACGGAGUAACUGCAAAUUGACUGAUGUCCACGUAGCCUAGAGUAGCAACCAUUGCCCCCAUACGGACCGUCUCUAGGCUACGGAUUAACUGUACAUUUGCUGGUGUCCAUGUAGCCCUCAGUAGCGACUAGUCUCUAGGCUACGGAGUAACUGCAAAUUGACUGAUGUCCACGUAGCCUAGAGUAGCAACCAUUGCCCCCAUACGGACCGUCUCUAGGCUACGGAUUAACUGUACAUUUGCUGGUGUCCAUGUAGCCCUCAGUAGCGACUAGUCUCUAGGCUACGGAGUAACUGCAAAUUGACUGAUGUCCACGUAGCCUAGAGUAGCAACCAUUGCCCCCAUACGGACCGUCUCUAGGCUACGGAUUAACUGUACAUUUGCUGGUGUCCAUGUAGCCCUCAGUAGCGACUAGUCUCUAGGCUACGGAGUAACUGCAAAUUGACUGAUGUCCACGUAGCCUAGAGUAGCAACCAUUGCCCCCAUACGGACCGUAUCUAGGCUACGGAUUAACUGUACAUUUGCUGGUGUCCAUGUAGCCCACAGUAGCGACCACUGCCACAAUACGGACCGUCUCCGGGCUGCAGAGUAACUGUAAAUUGACUGACAUAAAUGUAGCCUUCAGUAGCGACCACUGCCACAAUACGGACCUUCUCUAGGCUACGGAUUAACUGUAAAUUGACUUGACAUAGAUGUAGCCUUCAGUAGCGACCACUGCCACAAUACGGACCUUCUCUAGGCUACGGAUUAACUGUAAAUUGACUGACAUAGAUGUAGCCUUCAGUAGCGACCACUGCCACAAUACGGACCUUCUCUAGGCUACGGAUUAACUGUAAAUUGACUGACAUAGAUGUAGCCUUCAGUAGCGACCACUGCCACAAUACGGACCUUCUCUAGGCUACGGAUUAACUGUAAAUUGACUGACAUAGAUGUAGCCUUCAGUAGCGACCACUGCCACAAUACGGACCUUCUCUAGGCUACGGAUUAACUGUAAAUUGACUGACAUAGAUGUAGCCUUCAGUAGCGACCACUGCCACAAUACGGACCUUCUCUAGGCUACGGAUUAACUGUAAAUUGACUGACAUAGAUGUAGCCUUCAGUAGCGACCACUGCCACAAUACGGACCUUCUCUAGGCUACGGAUUAACUGUAAAUUGACUUGACAUAGAUGUAGCCUUCAGUAGCGACCACUGCCACAAUACGGACCUUCUCUAGGCUACGGAUUAACUGUAAAUUGACUGACAUAGAUGUAGCCUUCAGUAGCGACCACUGCCACAAUACGGACCUUCUCUAGGCUACGGAUUAACUGUAAAUUGACUGACAUAGAUGUAGCCUUCAGUAGCGACCACUGCCACAAUACGGACCUUCUCUAGGCUACGGAUUAACUGUAAAUUGACUGACAUAGAUGUAGCCUUCAGUAGCGACCACUGCCACAAUACGGACCUUCUCUAGGCUACGGAUUAACUGUAAAUUGACUGACAUAGAUGUAGCCUUCAGUAGCGACCACUGCCACAAUACGGACCUUCUCUAGGCUACGGAUUAACUGUAAAUUGACUUGACAUAGAUGUAGCCUUCAGUAGCGACCACUGCCACAAUACGGACCUUCUCUAGGCUACGGAUUAACUGUAAAUUGACUGACAUAGAUGUAGCCUUCAGUAGCGACCACUGCCACAAUACGGACCUUCUCUAGGCUACGGAUUAACUGUAAAUUGACUGACAUAGAUGUAGCCUUCAGUAGCGACCACUGCCACAAUACGGACCUUCUCUAGGCUACGGAUUAACUGUAAAUUGACUGACAUAGAUGUAGCCUUCAGUAGCGACCACUGCCACAAUACGGACCUUCUCUAGGCUACGGAUUAACUGUAAAUUGACUGACAUAGAUGUAGCCUUCAGUAGCGACCACUGCCACAAUACGGUGGGUGGGUGAGUUCGGUUUUACGCCGCUUUUAGCAAUAUUCCAGCAAUAUCACAGCAGAGGACACCAGAAAUGGGCUUCACACAUUGUACCCAUGUCGGGAAUCGAACCUGGGUCUUCGGCGUGACGAGCUAACGCUUUAACCACUAGGCUACCGACCGCCCCGCCACAAUACGGACCGUCUCUACUGUACAUUGGCUGAACAUGAACUCAAUAAAUAGAUACGAUGAAUGAUA